CACAUUACCCCUCUGCACCGUUCAAGCAAUGCAAAGGACUUGGACGCGCCGCGGACAUCCACGAACAAAGUGACAUGCAGCGCACUCCCGCCGAUCCGCCCCCGGCUUCCAACGACUCCCGGAUUCAUUCCUCCUCAAACCUGCGCACUGAUCGCACCCCGCGCGCUGGAACAUGUCAAUCCGCCGAUACGUCGAAAACUUCAUCCAUUCUGCGCGGCAGGCAAUCUUCCGCGCUCUCGUUGUCCGACGUGGGGGAGGGGUACAUAAGGCGGGAGGCGGGGAGGUUGGAGGGCAGAGCUCGAUGCUCUUCCAUUCCCUCCUCGACAGUCUUGCUUCCCCACCUCGCCCUCCUUCUUGCUCGCCGAAUACCGACCUCGCUGCCGCCGACCUACCCAUCCGUCUUCCCCGCCGCCGUUUCCUAUCCGGUCCAUUUCAUCAAUAAGAUCUCAUUGCUCUCCUUCCCCGAUUUGCAUCUGCUUUGUCCUCAAGCAUCUUAUCCGACGAGUUGUCAGCAUCAAACUCGCGCUCGAGUCUCUGAGAAGGCUCUCCCUCGGCGUCGUCUUCAAGCGCAUCCUCCCCCGCCUUCGAGCCACUCCUCCUCGCCUUCCAGCUCGACCUCGAUCUCGUCCUCAAACUCAAGCUCUCCUCUACCACCCCGACCAGAUGACCCUGCAGUCAUCCUCAGGAGGACGCCAAUGAAGCCGCGGGAGGGCGCCGAUGAGGACGCGGGAGGAGGCGGGACGGCACGGAAGGGGUCGUCGAGGGAGUCGGCGAGGGGGUCGGCGAAGGUGGGCCACGUCACCGACGACGCGGAAAACAUCGCCGGCAGUGGCGCAUGUGUUGACGAGGGCGGCGAGGGGGCGGCCACGGGAGAUGCUGCCAGCGACGCGGAAGAUGUCACCGAGGGCGGGCGAGGCAUCGUCGAGGGCGCAGAAGGGGUCACUGAAGGCGGGGCGGGGGUCGGAAAGGAUGUUUCCAACGAGACGGACGGGGUCGGCGAAGGGCACGAGGGGGUCGGCGAAGGCGAGGAGGACAUCACCGACAACGCAGGAAGGAUCGUCGACGAUGCGGGAGAUAUCACCGACAACGGGGGAGACGUCGCCGACGACGCGGGAGACAUCACCGACGACGCGGGAGACAUCGCCGACGACGCGAGAGACGUCGCCGACGACGCGAAAGGGGCCGACGACGCGACAGGAGCGGUCGAAGGGGGAGGGAGGGGCAGAUGA